AGCCCCUUCUGUGAGGGCUCCCAAGCGGAUCUGAGAGAGCUGUGAGAGGGCUGGUCCUCAUCACAUACCAUACAUAGGUGGAGGGCUUGUUCUCAGCUCCCCGCCUAUGAGAGGAUACCCCUAUUGUUUCUGAAAAUGCUGACCAGGACCCAGACUUCUAGCAAAAAUCCCUCAAGCCCUACAACGGCAGCAGACCCAGGAGCAGAAGCAGCAGAUAAGUGUUUUGAUAAACUGCAAGAUGGACAAGGCUUGCAGUGCCCCCAGAACUGCUGAUACCAAAUGCCUUUAAGAUACAGCCUUUCCCAUCCUAAUCUACAAAGGAAACAGGAAAAAGGAACUUAAAACUCCCUGUGCUCAGACAGAAAUGAGACUGCUACAGCCCGCUUCGAUGCUGUUCUUUCUUGUGUCUGACUUGUAAACAAGAGUGGGGAGAACAUGCAAAUGCAGAGUCACAAAGCUCUGGGUUUCUGAAGGGAUCCUUGGGACCUCGUGCACGUCUGUGGAUGCUGGAUGGAGAGACUGGGGAAAGCAUGGACUCUUUAGCCAGCUUAGUUCUCUGCGGAGUCAGCUUGCUCCUUUCUGGGACAGUGAAAGGUGCCAUGGACUUGAUCUUGAUCAAUUCCCUACCUCUUGUAUCUGAUGCUGAAACGUCUCUCACCUGCAUUGCCUCUGGGUGGCAACCUCAUGAGCCCAUCACCAUAGGAAGGGACUUCGAAGCCUUAAUGAACCAGCACCAAGAUCCGCUGGAAGUUACCCAAGAUGUGACCAGGGAAUGCGCUAAGAAGGUCAUUUGGAAGAGAGAAAAGGCGAGUAAGAUCAAUGGUGCUUAUUUCUGUGAAGGGCGAGUUCGAGGACAGACAACAAGGGUACGGACCAUGAAGAUGCGUCAACAAGCUUCCUUCCUCCCAGCUACUCUAACUAUGACUGUGAACAAGGGAGAUAAUGUAAGUAUAUCUUUCAGAAAGGUGGUAAUUAAAGAAGAGGACGCAGUGAUUUACAAAAAUGGCUCCUUCAUCCAUUCGGUGCCCCGGCACGAGGUACCUGAUAUUCUGGAGGUGCACCUACCGCAUGCUCAGCCCCACGACGCUGGCGUGUACUCGGCCAGGUACAUAGGAGGAAACCUCUUCACCUCGGCCUUCACCAGGCUGAUCGUCCGGAGGUGCGAAGCUCGGAAGUGGGGACCUGACUGUCACCGUCUGUGCACCGCUUGCAUGAACAACGGCGUCUGCCACGAGGACACUGGGGAAUGCAUUUGCCCCCCUGGGUUUAUGGGAAAGACGUGUGAGAAGGCGUGUGAGCUGCACACAUUCGGCAGAACUUGUAAAGAAAGCUGUGCUGGGCCAAACGGAUGCGAGUCUUACGUGUUCUGUCUCCCAGACCCUUACGGCUGCUCCUGUGCCACAGGCUGGAAGGGGCUGCAGUGCAAUGAAGAAUGUCUCCCUGGUUAUUACGGACCCGACUGUAAGCUUAGGUGCCAUUGCACCAACGGCGAGACUUGCGAUCGGUUCCAAGGAUGCCUCUGCUCUCGAGGACGGCAAGGCCUCCAGUGUGAGAGAGAAGGCAGGCCCAGGAUGACUCCAGAGAUAAAGGACUUACCAGAUCACAUAGAAGUAAAUAUUGGCAAAUUUAACCCCAUGUGUAAAGCCUCUGGCUGGCCGCUACCUGCUAAUGAAGAAAUGACCCUGGUGAAGCCGGAUGGGACAGUGCUGCCACCCAACGACUUUAACCACACAGAUGAUUUCUCAGUAGCCAUAUUCACCAUCCAGCAGCUCCGCCCCUUUGACUCAGGAGUUUGGGUCUGCAGUGUGAACACGGUGGCUGGCAUGGUGGAAAAGCCUUUCAACAUUUCUGUUAAAGUUCUUCCGAAGCCCCGGAAUGCCCCGAAUGUGAUUGACACUGGACACAACUUUGCUGUCAUCAACAUCAGCUCUGAGCCUUACUUUGGGGAUGGACCGAUCAAAUCCAAGAAACUUCUGUACAAACCUGUUAAUCAUCACGAGGGCUGGCGACACAUUCAAGUGACAAAUGAGAUUGUUACACUCAACUAUCUGGAGCCUCGAACAGAAUAUGAGCUCUGUGUGCAGCUGGUCCGUCCUGGAGAGGGUGGAGAAGGGCAUCCUGGACCUGUGAAGCGGUUCACAACAGCGUCUCUUGGACUCCCUCCUCCCAGAGGGCUCAGUCUCCUACCAAAAAGUCAGACCACAUUAAAUUUGACCUGGCAACCAAUAUCUCCAACCUCAGAAGAUGACUUUUAUGUCGAAGUGGAGAGGAGGUCUGUGCAAAUCAAAAGUGAUCAGCAGAAUAUUAAAGUGCCAGGGAACUUGACCUCGGUGCUACUGAACAACCUACACCCCAGGGAGCAGUACAUCGUCCGGGCUAGAGUCAACACCAAGGCCCAGGGAGAGUGGAGUGAAGACCUCACUGCCUGGACUCUCAGUGACAUUCUCCCUCCUCAACCAGAGAACAUCAAGAUCUCCAACAUCACAGACUCUUCAGCUGUGAUUUCUUGGACAAUAGUAGAUGGCUAUUCUAUUUCUUCCAUUAUCAUCCGUUACAAGGUUCAGGGCAAGGAUGAAGACCAGCACAUCGAUGUGAAGAUCAAGAAUGCUACCAUCACUCAGUAUCAGCUCAAGGGCCUAGAGCCUGAAACAGUUUAUCACGUGGACAUUUUUGCUGAGAACAAUAUAGGGUCAAGCGACCCAACCUUUUCUCAUGAGUUGAUGACCCUCCCAGAGUCUCCAGUCUCAGCAAACCUUGGAAGUGGGAAGAUGCUGCUGAUAGCUAUACUUGGCUCUGCUGGGAUGACCUGCUUGACGGUGCUGUUGGCUUUUCUGAUCGUGUUGCAGCUGAAGAGGGCGAGCGUCCAGAGGAGAAUGGCCCAAGCCUUCCAGAACGUGAGGGAAGAACCAGCUGUGCAGUUCAACUCAGGAACUGUGGCCUUGAACAGGAAGGCCAAAAACAACCCGGAUCCCACAAUUUAUCCAGUGCUUGACUGGAAUGACAUCAAGUUUCAAGAUGUGAUCGGGGAGGGCAACUUUGGCCAGGUUCUUAAGGCCCGCAUCAAGAAGGACGGGCUGCGGAUGGAUGCUGCCAUCAAGAGAAUGAAAGAGUAUGCCUCCAAAGAUGACCACAGGGAUUUUGCAGGAGAACUGGAGGUUCUCUGUAAACUUGGAAAUCAUCCAAACAUCAUCAAUCUCUUGGGAGCCUGUGAACAUCGAGGCUACUUGUACCUGGCCAUCGAGUAUGCGCCCCACGGGAACCUCCUGGACUUCCUGCGCAAGAGCCGCGUGCUGGAGACCGAUCCUGCAUUUGCCAUUGCCAACAGCACUGCGUCCACGCUGUCUUCCCAGCAGCUUCUUCAGUUUGCUGCAGAUGUAGCCCGGGGGAUGGACUAUCUGAGCCAAAAACAGUUUAUCCACAGGGACCUGGCUGCCAGGAACAUUUUAGUUGGGGAGAACUAUCUAGCCAAGAUAGCAGAUUUUGGAUUGUCCCGAGGUCAAGAAGUGUAUGUGAAAAAGACAAUGGGAAGGCUCCCAGUGCGCUGGAUGGCAAUUGAGUCUCUAAAUUACAGUGUGUACACAACCAACAGUGAUGUGUGGUCCUAUGGUGUGCUGCUGUGGGAGAUUGUCAGCUUAGGUGGCACCCCCUACUGCGGGAUGACAUGUGCAGAACUCUACGAGAAGCUGCCCCAGGGCUACAGGCUAGAGAAACCCUUGAACUGUGAUGAUGAAGUGUAUGAUCUCAUGAGACAGUGCUGGCGGGAGAAGCCUUACGAGCGGCCAUCAUUUGCUCAGAUAUUGGUGUCUUUAAGCAGGAUGUUAGAAGAACGAAAGACCUACGUGAACACCACGCUAUAUGAGAAGUUUACCUACGCAGGAAUUGACUGCUCAGCUGAGGAAGCAGCGUAGGAUGAAAAGUCUUCAUCUGUGUGCCCUGGUUCUCCUUCACUGGCAUGAGAGCUCCUUCACCUGCUAAGAAAGCAGGCAAACCUCUGUCAAGAGAUGUGAUAUAGAAGUGUAUAUAUACUGCUGUACGUCUGGGACUUUCAACACAAAAACCCCGUGUGGAUCUAUAGUAUGCUCAGAUUCCCACAGGACUGUAUAUACUGUUUUGAGUGAGAAUGUGCUGGAAUCAGAAUGCUUAUUUGUGGUUUCAUAUGCAAUAAUAUAUUUUUCUAAAAAUGAAGAUUUCAUAGGGAGUGUGAAUACAUUUACCACUGCAACGCAUAACUCUUUUUCCUACAUAUUUUUGAUACUUACCUUUAUAAUUGAAUGCUAUAAAGUGUUUUUGCUAUGUAGCAGUAAACUAUUGUUAAUAAACGUAACAAUUGCCCUGACAGUGUAGGUAAGCAAAGGGAAAUAUAUGAAUUUGAACAGGAUAUGGGUGAAUAUUCAAAAGGCUGAAAAAUCCAAAUGGUGUAAAAGAAAUUGUCCUAUCUUUGAAUUUUGUCCCUCACCUUUGGAAGCUGUCAAAUUUCAUUUGGUCAUGUGACAAUUUUGUCUUGUUUUUAGGUAGCCCACAAGUCAGCCCAGAUGCUACAGAAAAAACAAUUACUUAGAAGCCUAAGAGUCUUUAGGGAAAUAUAAAUAAAGUUAUAUUUAUUAGUGGGAUUUUCUUUUCAUUCCUUUGGUAAUUUUGACUGCUGUAUUUUAAGAAAUAAAAGAAAAAGACAGGAGGGACUCUUGGGAGACAUAUGACAUUUACCUUAAUGAAGUAACACCACAUGUAUCGCACAUUGUAAAGUUUUAAUUUUGAUCGUUGUGAGUUUACCAUUUAUACUAUAGGCACGGGUUGCACUGAGAUCAUAUUUUAAGUGAAUAAACUUCUUGUCUACUCAUUU